AUGCACUACAUACGCUUGUUGCGUGGCCCAAAAUUAGACGCAUCAAACCUCAAGAGACCACUUAUCUCAAUCCUUCUUACCAUCACCACGGAUCUGGGUGACUCAUUUCUCUACCCGGAUGAGCCCGUCGACUUGAUUAUUUCGGUGGAGAAUCCGACAGGCCAGUCAAUCAUACUAGACGGAGAUCCCCCGCCUAGAUGGACUGCUGGCAUGCGAUGUCUUGACGUCAAAGUCCCCAUCAAGCCGCAUUUCAAGAAGGACGAUGUCACGUGUACGAUUAGGAUUCACCCAGCGACACAAACUCCACCAUUAGGAGUGUUGAAGGGUAGCGAUAUGCUUCCGUGGAGCGUUGCUAGAGGCUCGUUUGCAAGCAAGGGUCUCAUCAUGCCAGUUUCCGUAGAGAUGGCGAAGGGCAUCUGCGCGCCCGUUGCUGUGCGAACACUCCAGCUUGACUCCAGGUCUCAGCCCCAGGACCAAAUAGAUAUUGACCUUGAAGAGGACAUCGGUGAGAGCAUUGCACGCCACAUAUGGGACGCAGGUGCUGUGACAGCCUCCUUUUUAGGGGACGCAUGUAGCACCAAGGAAGGUAUCUAUGACACGCUGCUUAUGCGAGAAGACGGCUUUAAUGUCUUAGAGCUCGGCAGUGGUGUUGGCAUUCUCGGGAUUACCCUGGCGCAAGUCAUAGGAAGGGCCGUGGUCCGUGGCCAUACGUCCAGUAAAGCUACUGUAUUACUAACAGACCUCUCGGAGGCAGAAGAGCGCGCGAGGUCAAACAUAUUAAGGGCCGAAGCGGCGCUGUCUCACAUAAAUCCCAAUGGUUCUGCAGUGGCUCUUCAGUACGAAGACCUAGACUGGGACGAGGGCAAGCACGGAAAGUUCGGGACUCUUGUUUCUGCUCGUCCGUGGGAUCUAGUUGUACUUAGUGAUUGUACAUACAAUGUUGAUUCAUUACCCGCGCUCAUCGGAACGCUGAGCGCGCUACACGCUGCAAAGUUAAAAUACCCCGGGGUAGAAGAAGGUGCAAAGACUUUUGUUAUCCUAGCAACAAAACCUCGCCAUUCUUCGGAGCAGGCUCUAUUUGGGUUGCUAACUGCCGAUGAUUGGCAAUACAACAUUCUUAAAUCCAUUCCACUGCCAAAGCUGGGCGAAGAAGAUGAGGCAGUUGAUAUAUACUUAUUAGAAAAGGGUAAAAAGAUGUCAUAG